AUGUCCCAAACACCCCCCACAACCUCGGCCCUAGCCCUCUCCCUCCUAACCUCCCUCGGCGGCGCAAUCGGCUACGCCCGCACAGGCUCCAUCCCCUCAAUCGCCGCAGGCCUCACCGUCGGCGCGAUCUACGCCGUCGCCUUCACACGCCUGCGCGCGGGCGAGUCCUACGGCGAGGAGCUCGGUCUUCUUGCUUCGGCCGUGCUGGGCGGAAGCUCGAUCCCGCGUGCGAUUAAGACGGGCGGCAAGGCUGUUCCCGUUGGUCUUUCUUUGCUGGCUACGUACGGUGUUGUUAUUUUUGGGCUUGCGACUAAGGAGAAGAGGGCUUAG